AUGAAAUGUGUGCUGUUUAACUAUUUUAGGUCGGAAAUAAAGCGUUCACAGCGACGAACGCAAAGUGAAGCAAUCACCGAAUGUGCUACAGAAAUAACAGAACAAGCCAUUCAAAAUAUUUAUCAAGGUAAUCCCUAUGCGUCCACAAACAUAAAUAGCCCAAAAUGAUAUACUACUACAGUUAACAAGCAAUAGAAUGCUAUAUCAAUGUUGAUGAAUUGUCAAAUGGGUAGUUCAAUGAAUGGAUGUAAUGCAUUGAACAUGGCCGAUUACAAUGGAUUACAAUUUCUUUAAGGCCAAGAAACAUCCACGCCGUUAAAAACUGGAGAAAGCCUGCAGCUUCCUUCUCCAUCUGAAUCCCCUGUUAUUGGAGAUGAAGACGAGGAUAAUACCAUUGCAACAAUUGAUGCGAAUACAAGCUUUGCUCGGUCUGAUGCAACCCUUCUUGACAGGUACUGAUUGUAAAGUAAUAUUUGUAGUUUAUUAUGGAAUUGUGAAUGUGCGUAGCAACAAUAUAUUUGUUGUUUCUCAAAUUAUUUAUAUCUAGUUCUACUAUAACCAAUGCAAUAAAUGUGUCCAUGUUCACGGAUGAUGAUGAUGAUGUCAGUGAUGGCAGUCUGGAAGAUGCUGCAAGUUAUAUCAGGUAAAAUAUGUCAGGUCAUAAAUACUUUUACAAGAAUGGAACUAAUUGAGUCAUAAACAUCAUUGUCCCUUACAGCAUACAUGAUCUUACCAAAUCAGCUCUCGAAGAUUUGAAUGCAGAGAAGCAAAGUUAUUCAGAGUAUACGUAUGUUAUCUGUUUGAAGCAAUGUGGGAGUAUGUGUGGGAUGUGUUAUUUUGACUCUGGGCAGUGGAAGAUUAGUCUGUUGUUGCUACUGUGCCUGAGAACAAAAAAGAUUUCAUGCUGCCUCUCUAGAAAUUUUGACCACUCAGGGAAGUUAUCUGACAUCAAAUUUCACACAAACCAUGUCAAAAACCCUAUAGAUAAACUACAAACCUGGCAAAAAUUUAUAAAUUAAUGAAUGGUUAAUUAAAGGUCCAAUCCUGAUUCUAGUUAUAUUGAAGCCUAAUAAACAGAAGCAAACUGAAAAGGGAUCUUUAUUCUUUAUUUGUAAUAUACUAUCUAUUAUUUAUACAGCACUAUAUUUUGUUAUUUUUAGCUCCAUAAGUUCAAGUAGUGAUGAGGACUCUGAUUCAUCUGAUCUUGAUUUGGGUCAUGAGCCAUCUGAUGAACAUCAGGACGAUGAACAUCGGGAAGAUUAUUCACAGCACUCGAUCUGCACUCCUGCAGUUAGUUAUGGACCUCAUCGGAAAUUCAGCCGAGGGGAUGAUGUGUAUGAUUUGGAAGAAGAAUUCAGUAUG